UCCCGGCUCCGUCCCGGUAGGAGCUCUACGGGCGGAGCGCUCUCCCGGCUCCGUCCCGGUAGGAGCUCUACGGGCGCAGCGCCGCCCCCGCCGGCGGUGCCGAAGAUGGCGGCGCUGAGGCUGUGGCGGUGCGGCUGCCGGGCGCUGCUGUCCCGGCCCGCCGCAGCUCCGCGGGCGCGGCGCGGCCUGGCCGCUGGGCCGGAGAUGCAUUUCGGCUUCCAGACCGUGACGGAGGAGGAGAGGAGGGAGAAAAUUUAUCAGGUCUUUGAAAAUGUGGCCAAGAAGUACGAUGUAAUGAAUGAUUCAAUGACUCUAGGAAUUCAUCGGGUGUGGAAGGACAUCCUCGUGCAUAAAAUGAACCCUUGCCCAGGAACACUUCUCCUUGAUGUUGCUGGGGGAACAGGUGACAUUGCCUUUCGAUUCAUUAAUUAUGUUCGCUCUGUACGACAACGCCAGCUCCAGAGGAAGCUCAAGCACCAUCAGAAUUUGUCAUGGCAGGAAAUUUUUGAGAGUUACCAGAAUGACAAAUUUAACAACUCACUAGGGGAUUCCCAAGUGGUGGUCUGUGACAUCAACAGAGAAAUGUUAAAAGUUGGGAAGCAGAAAGCACAGCAUCUUGGCUACUCUGAAGGCUUGUCCUGGGUACUUGGGAAUGCUGAAGAGUUGCCCUUUGAUGAUGAUAAGUUUGAUGUUUACACAAUUGCCUUUGGAAUCCGAAAUGUAACUCGUAUUGAUCUGGCACUUCAAGAGGCCUAUCGUGUGCUGAAACCAGGAGGAAGAUUUCUCUGCCUUGAAUUUAGUCAUGUCAGCAACCCUCUUCUUUCCAGGCUCUAUGAUCUCUACAGUUUCCAGGUUAUCCCUGUUCUGGGUGAGGUUAUUGCUGGUGACUGGAGGUCUUACCAGUAUCUUGUGGAGAGCAUCCGACAGUUCCCCCCUCAGGAGGAGCUGAAGGCAAUGAUAGAAGAUGCAGGCUUUUUCAAAGUGGAUUAUGAGAAUUUGAACUUUGGCAUUGUUGCCAUUCACUCGGGUUUCAAACUCUGAGUCUGGGUACCAAAACACCAAAAGUACAAUUUUCAUGAGGGAUAUGAGAGCUGUGGAAUUUUAACAGGAUCAAAAGGAGUCCUAAGAAGUUGUGCAGCAGAUACUUGCUCAGCAGCUGGGCUCAGAAGAACACAAGUUACCUCUCCCCACCAAGAAACCUGUGGAGUGACUCCAGUGGUGUUUCUUACACUUGCAUUUCCCUUCAAGUGCAAUGUAAAGGAUGUGGCCAAAACUGAGCAAUGCUGACAAACGAAGCAAGUUGGCAGUGGGUGUGGAUAAAGACACAGACUGAUUAAUCUCCAAAUAAGAUGCCUUUCUUUUUACUAAGCUUUGAAGGAGGAUAUUAUACUUGUGAGAAGUAACUUGGAUUUAUGAAGUAACUAUGGACUUUUAUGAAGCUGUUAUUAUCUUUGUCAUGUGGAGUUUAAGGAUUUUUUCCCAUGACUCCUCCUUUCUAAGGGAAAUGGAAGGCUUAUGAAAUAAAAGGGCUCUGCAUCAACUUUUUUCCACUUAAAUCAGUCUUGUAAGAAGGUUUCCUAAGAAAGGACGGAUUCAGGGUGUGGGAAUCGAGGUGGGGAUGUUCAUCUUUCAUCACAUGGCAAUAAAGAGGGUAAUUCAAGAGGGCAAAGGGAUAAACUAUUUUAUUAGCAAAGAAGCCAUCUUUUGAAAGAAAAUAAAUAAAAGGAAGACAUUUUUGUUUUUUUAUAUAGCCACAAUGAAAAUACCAGCCGCUACAGCAAAAUCCCUGACCAUUAACAAUACAAUACAAGACCUGAAGAUCAAGAUGUGUUUCCCCAGGAAGGCUGAAGGUGGGAAUCAGUGUGCAGUCCUGUGCCCAGGUGCAAGUUUCAGUAACAGUCCAUGGCUCUAGCCAGACUUGAACAGAAGAAUAGCGACUUGGCCGAGGUAGAAGUAGAUGAAGUGCUUGGUCUCAUGAGUCACAUAGCUGCCAAAAUUCCUGCCCACGAUGCAGUGCCACGUGGGAUUGUAUUUCUUGUCAAAUUCCUACAGAAUAGAGAAGUAGAAAGUCAGCAUUUUCAUGGUAAUUACACUAAUAUUGUCUAACAGUUGGGGAGGUUUUUUUGGCAAUGAUUUGUCACUUGAUAACAAGUAUCACUUUUGGAAAAAGGCAAUUAAGGAGCAGCAUAUGCUCUUAAGCACAAGGAUCAUCUGUCACUUUAUAACUCAUCUGCUGCUUAGUCAUACCAAAAAAACCCAAAUGCUUCCGAGCAGAGCAGGAAUAAGCUUAAAGCAUAUGUUUGGGGAGGUAACUUUUCCCCUACAGUCAUGCCAUGAUGUCAAACCAUAACUUCUAAGAAUUUGUCUGCUUGUUCCAAAUCUCUGAUGAAACUGGUAUUUUUCUAUAUUAGCUUCUAUUUCUGAAGCUAAUGGACUUCAUCAGCUUCUUUUUGCAGUAAGGAUGCUUGAUGGAAAAUUCUCUGCCAUAUCUCUGACACCUGGUCAUGAGAUGAUGAUGAUGUGACACGCUGCUGUCAGGAGCCUGCUACAAAUAAACUCCUGUGUACAGGUCUACAGUGAGCAAACCCAUGCAGUGAGUGGAUUUAUACUGCAGUACCUAACAGCUGUCAGCUGAAGAGAAUUUUGUGAGGACAUGGAAGUUUCUGUUCUGCUCAACCAAACCCUUCAGCUCGUUGCAGCUCAGUCAGGCUCCCAGUAGGAGUCAAGAGAGAAAAUGUGACAAACUGUAAGCUAUGAACCAUCUGUUCAGCAUUAGCAUGAACAGCUUGUCUUACGUGUGGUGGGAAAGGCAAAAAACCAAACCCACUUAUUACAUGGUCGGCAAAGCACCACUCUUUAAAUAGGCUGCACAGAGCCCGUGUCUUGUACCAGCUCAUCAGUCACAGGGACAGCCAGGUGCCACUCUCUGCUCAGCUGGACAAUGGGACAGUGGCAGAAAAGGUGUAAGGCAUUACAAGACAAAAGCAGAAGGACCUAGAAAGGUCCACAUAAAGGGUGGGGAACAGAACAGAAAGAGAGAAAGUCUAACUUGAUUAUCUGGUGCCUCCAGAACUCGUUUCUCUAGAGCUACUUGCCUAGCAGCGUUCUCCCCAAUUGAUUUUUCAUGAGCACAUUACAAGCCAACAUCUACCUUCUUGAUGUGAGCAGCGAUGUCCUUCUCGAUGUUGUAUUUCUCCAAGGCUUGAGUUGCACAUUCCACCGAGUCUUGCUGCAUCUCCUCUGACAUGUCUGCAUUUUUGAUCACUGCCUUUCGAUCACUCAUGAUUGCCUGCUUGGAGGGAAAAAGAAAGAAAUUCAAAGUUGCAGGAGCACCUGCCAGAACCACCUGCUGCCAAGCAGCCCCACGGGUAUCGCCGCGCGGUGCCCCCGCCCUGGCCGGGAGUGCCAGGCACGGCCCCGGGCAC